AUGCUUUUCUCCGGGACCGCAGAUUUUCGACAUUAUCUGGGCCAUUCUAUCGGCUCCACCAUCGCUCCCAUCGAGUGCGGGCUCGUCCUCGGUCCUCGGUUCCACAGAGUCUGUCCGCCAUUUUGUCUCUCUACUUCGGCCUCGCCACCGGCGGGCCUUAUAGUAUGGGAUAAAUGUGUGUCCUUGCAUCCAGCCAUGGCUCAUUUAUCCACAAUAAGAAUUCUGACCACUAUUGUACCGGAAAAGGAAUCUUUCAUCUCGCCAGAUGACUGCCUUGAGAAUCCUUCUCCUCGCAGCCAAUGGUACAUCCACGUGAAUCGGGUGUUUCUUGGCGUGGGAAGUCCCAGCGCAUCUACAUGAAAACCAUUUUGUUUCUCAUUGCAGAACAAAAGCCAAAACAGAC